UUAAGAAAAGAACAUAUUCCUUCCCAAAAGAUCGGCAACAUACCUGCAAUUUCUCUAAUGUUGCGGGAUCCUAUGAGUGAUGGUAAUCACUUAAGUACCAUCAGGUAACUCGCAUUCUCGUUUGCUGCCUAUAUUAUAAAAAUAUAUAUUAUUUCAAACUAGAUAGGUUUGUCGUAAACAUCAAAUUACAAAUAAAACUACAUACAGUCUUAACAAUUUUGUCUUCAUAUAUGUUUCGUUAAAAGCGAGUCGUCGCUAAGACUACUUCAAAACUCAAUUAUUCUUAUAUUUACUAUUGUUGUAUACAGACGUUUCAGAUCAUCAGAUUAACAACUGUGAAAUCCCUGUUAGGUAACAGGCAAUAAAAAUGGAUUUUCGGGUAUCCUUAGGGAUACUGUUGUUAGGAUUUGGAGUAAAUUCCUCAUCAACGCCUGUAACCUUAUCCGAUAAUGACAUUGAGAAAGAAACUUCCGAGUGCAGCCCGCUCGUAAUAGCACACCGUGGGGCAAGCGGUUAUAUUCCCGAACACACUCUCGGCGCAUACACCCUUGCACUUACAAUGGGUGCAGACUACAUCGAACCAGAUCUCGUGAUGACUAAGGACGGAUAUUUAAUAAUUCGGCACGACAACGAAUUGGGAUUAACCACAGAUAUCUCACAACAUCCAGAGUUUGCUGACCGUCGCCGAAAGAAAACUGUUGACGGAAUUGAAUUAACCGGUUGGUUCACUGAAGAUUUCAAUUUAUCGGAAAUAAAAAUUUUACGCGCAAUCGAACGCAUACCGACUAUAAGACCAGGCAAUGCCAGAAUGAAUAACUCAUUUUCUGUGAUGACCUUCCAAGAGAUUAUAGACCUAGCCAAGAACUUUCAACAUGUGCAAAAACGUGUUAUUGGCAUUUACCCAGAAAUUAAACAUAGCACGCACUUCCGACGCCUGGGUUUGCCCAUGGAGCAAUUAGUAGUAGACACGCUUCAUCAAAAUGGAUAUAUUGGAUCUAAUGCACCAAUUUACAUACAAUCCUUUGAAGUAAAUAAUCUUAAAGAGCUUAAAAAUAUCACAGAUUUACGACUGCUGCAAUUGUUCGAUAACAAAUCUACUCAACCAUUUGAUCAACGAGAGCUUGGAACUGGUCUAACCUAUGGUGAUAUGGCAACAUUGGAAGGAUUAAAAGAAGUUGCUAAAUAUGCAUAUGCAGUAGGUCCGGACAAAAGUUAUAUUAUUCCAAGAGAUUCUAAUAAUAGACUAGGUAAAGCGACUGCUUUUGUGAAGGACGCUCAUAGCGUUGGAUUAAAAGUGCACCCCUAUACUUUUCGGGCAGAAAAUUUUUUUCUUCCUGCUAAUUUUCAAAGUGUUAACAGUGACGAAAAUGCUAUUGGAGACUUAAAAAGUGAAAUAGAAACAUAUCUUGCAACCGGAAUCGAUGGACUCUUCUCUGAUCAUCCAGAUAUACCUGUUCGUAUUCGAAGCACUUGUGUAAAAUAGUCUAGGUCUAAAACAAGUAAAUAGAUAGAUAAUUAAUUACUUGGAGGUACCUGAAAGUUUAAAAAUUAAGCGCUUAUGUCAAAAGUUAUACUUAAAUAUGUAAUAAGCUCCUAUAAAUUACAUACUUAGAUAUUUUUAUUUAUUUAUUCAUUAGUAGAAAUAUGUUUACAAGAUGGACUUAAUGCUAAAAGCAUUCUCUCCCAGUCAACCAUAGGGAAUUGUCAGAAUACUCGAAUGCGGUACUAGUAAUUAUUGAUAUACAUACAUACUAAAAUUACAUAUAUAAACGAAUAAAUAUAUAUAUAUAUAAAUAACAAAUAUACUUACACAUAUAUGACAUAUACUAUCAUCAUCAUCAUCUUCCUACCCUUAUCCCAACCAUUUGGGGUCGGCGUAAUAUGAUUUUAUCCAUAUUACAAAAAGAUUUGGUUUUUUAGUUUUACAACUGGCCACCUGCCUGACGUCAACCCUCUUUGGGAAUGCAUUUGUUGGUGGUUUCCGCCACCUACGGUAUAAAGUAAAGGAUUGAAGAAAAAAGGAAGGGAACGUUGGGAAUGUGUAAAGUACUAUACAUAUACUAUAUUAUACACAAAAUUGAGAAUAAAGUGCUUAUAAUAUAAAGUAGAUAUCUAAAUCAUAUACGACUACGUACUUUAAUAUUUCUGCACACAUAGUAAAUUUUUAUUUAUUGUAUCUAUUGAACAUAUACCAAUUCAUGUGAUAUAUUUAGUAGUCUAGUUAUCUAUUUUAAUAUAAAUAAAAAAAAUAAAAUUUAAAUUAAUAAAAAAAAGACAUCUCUGGAAUCAAUCUAGCUUUCGAUUCGCUAUAAAAUAAAAUGCCAUCAGGUAUUUACUAAUCUAAUAUAUACAAUAAUCAGACGGAUACUGGGUAUGACUACGAGAUUGCCAGAUGUGAUUUUUUAUUUUUACCCAAAUGUCUAAUAUUUUUUCUCCAAAUAAAAAAUUUGUAU